GGGUUUACAUAAGGCAGGGUGAAUCACACCCACCGUCGGAAACGGAGAAGGCAAAGGGACCUGCCCCAAUCCACCCCGGGCGGCGCCGGGAGUGUGCUGGGGGUUAGUCUGAACUUUGCUGGAGGCCAGGAGCCGCCCAGGCAAAGGGACUCCACACCCACUCCAACCCCCAAGAGAGCGAGCGGCGCGUCUCACCCACCCAGCGCGAAUCCAGCUCUCUGCCGCCAGCUCCGACGCCCCCGCGCGGGCGCCGCCUGCCUGACUUCCGGCUCCCUGCCCCUAAGUCCCCGAAUGAGUGUGGGACCGCUUCUCCCGCUUGGAAGGAGCCAUCGCCGCUUUAAAGGGAAGAGGCGGGGAAGGGGGCGGGGAGCGGCGGAGGAGGAGGGGGAGGGGGAAUCCUCCAUCGCUCCCACGUGGUCCGGGCGCCUGUGAAUUGCGCCCGCCGGAGGGUCUCACAGCGAAAUACAAAAGCAGCUGGGAAGCGGUAGCGAGGCGAGUUCUCAGUGCCGGGCAGAGACCCGCACCGCCCCGCGGCAGCGAUGGAGCUGAGGCGCCCGGAGCCCCGGAGCCAACGAGCUGCCGAGCCCGCGUCGCCGCCGGGACCCGGGCUCCUGGGCUCGGCUUGAAGCGGCGGCGGCACCGGCGCGGCCGGGGGAGCAUGGGCAGGAGGAUGCGGGGCGCCUCCGCCACCGCGGGGCUCUGGCUGCUGGCGCUGGGCUCGCUGCUGGCGCUGUGGGGCGGGCUCCUGCCGCCGCGGACCGAGCUGCCCGCCUCCCGGCCGCCGGAAGACCGGCUCCCGCGGCGCCCGGCCCGGAGCGGCGGCCGGGAGCCCGCGCCUCGCUUCCCUCUGCCCCCGCCCCUGGCGCGGGACGCCCGCGGCGGCUCCCUGAAAACUUUCCGAGCGCUGCUCACCUUGGCGGCGGGCGCAGAUGGCCCGCCUGGGCAGCCCCCGGGUGAGCGCAGGCGACACGUGCCAACCGGACGGCCCUGGCCUGAGGAACGCGCCGCGGUGCACGGGGGCGUCUUCUGGAGCCGCGGCCUGGAGGAGCAGGUGCCCCGGGGCUUCUCGGAGGCCCAGGCGGCGUCUUGGCUGGAGGUGGCGCGCGGCGCCCGGGUGGUGGCCCUGGAGCGCGGGGGCUGCGGGCGCAGCUCCAACCGGCUGGCCCGCUUCGCCGACGGCACCCGCGCCUGCGUGCGCUAUGGCAUCAACCCCGAGCAGAUACAGGGCGAGGCCCUAUCCUACUACCUGGCGCGCUUGCUGGGCCUCCAGCACCACGUGCCGCCUCUGGCACUGGCCCGGGUGGAGGCUCGGGGCGCGCAGUGGGCUCAGGUGCAGGAGGAGCUUCGUGCCGCUCACUGGACCGAGGGCAGCGUGGUGAGCCUGACUCGCUGGCUGCCCAACCUCACGGACGUGGUGGUGCCCGCGCCCUGGCGCUCUGAGGAUGGCCAUCUCCGGCCCCUGCGCGCCACGGGGGGCGAGCUGGCCAACCGCAGCCGGGCGGAGCUGGUAGACCUGGUGCAAUGGACCGACUUGAUCCUCUUCGACUACCUGACGGCCAACUUUGACCGGCUUGUCAGCAACCUCUUCAGCCUGCAGUGGGACCCGCGGGUCAUGCAGCGCGCCACGAGCAACCUGCACCGCGGCCCGGGCGGGGCGCUGGUCUUUCUGGACAACGAGGCGGGCUUGGUGCACGGCUACCGGGUGGCGGGCAUGUGGGACAAGUAUAACGAGCCGCUGCUGCAGUCAGUGUGCGUGUUCCGAGAGCGGACUGCGCGGCGUGUCCUGGAGCUGCACCGCGGCCAGGACGCGGCCGCCCGGCUGCUGCGCCUCUACCAGCACCACGAGCCUCGCUUCCCGGAGCUGGCCGCCCUCGCCGACCCCCACGCUCAGCUGCUGCAGCGUCGCCUCGACUUCCUCGCCAAGCACAUUUUGCACUGUAAGGCUAAGUACGGCCGCCGACCGGGGGCUUAGCAUCCCCCGGAGGAGAAGGAAAAGAGAGAGAGAGAGAGACCCUGGCUGGGGAAUGGAUGAUGGGGGAAGGGCCGUCGCCUCAGCCACCGCCUGGGACCAGCCAGCCAACGCCCAGCCGGAGACCCGAGCGCGAAGGCGGCUAAAAACUUCAGCUUUACCCACCUGCCCCUUUCUCUCAGUCCCAAGCUGUGUCCUUUCAAAGUUCUGGGAGGACGAACUCACCGAGGCGAGAAGUGUAACAUUUCCUCCACCCAGCCUAUAAAAGGAUUCUUCCCUGUGCCAGCACGGAGUUUGCAUCCAAAGAAACUGGCUGCUGCCGGAGUUUGGCCCCCGGGUGGCCGUCUCUGUGGGAGAUACAUCCUAUUUCUUGGCCCCCUCAUUCCCCUUCCGAAAAAGGAAAACUUCUAUUUGAGCCAUUGAGCUAAUUCUGCAGUUUCCUACCAAACGCAGCGCUGGUGGCCCCGGAGCAGGGCUAUGACAUUGGCUGGUGGAGCCCCCUUCCUGUGUUCUCCCUUUGUUCCGGCUUGGUGAUGGUGAGAUCACUGUUAAGAGCUAGGGAACCGCUCCCGAUAGGACAAAGGGAGCAGGACCUGCAGAAUGGAGGGAGUCCUGCAGACGCUGUCUGACUUGUUCCUUACAGCUUGUCAUUUCAGCCUGAAGGCUACAAAUGCAGGACCGGCUGUAUGCAUUGAUUCAAAUAAUGAAUUUCUUCUUCCUCCCCCUUCCCAACCGUUCAUAAUUUUGUCAAUGAUGAUGUUCACCAGAAGGGAAAAAAAAAAGUUUCAUGCACUUUACUUUGUUUUUAUUUUAAUUUUUUAUUAAGAAAAACUUUUUUUAUUUUGACAAAAUUUGCCUUCUAUGUGUAUAUAUGUGCAUAAAGUGUGGUGUAAAUAUACUAAACAAACUUAUAUUUCAAUAAAAGGGAGUUUAAAAUUUAGAAUUUAA